GGCAGAGCCGCGGCAGCUCCCGCAGGGCGGGCCGGGUCGGGAUGGGGCUGGAGCUGUACCUGGACCUGCUCUCGCAGCCCUGCCGCUCCAUCUACAUCUUCGCCCGGAGCAACAACAUCCCCUUCGAGUUCAAGCACGUGGAGCUGUUCAAAGACUCGGUGCUGGGGAAGAAGCCGGCGGCGGCGAGCGGCGCGGAGCAGCCCCGCGCAGGACCAUCAAGCAGUGAAGGUGCAGGCAAAGUCAGCCUCUUGAAGAAAGUACCAGCACUGAAGGACGGAGACUUCACCCUUGCAGAAUGCACUGCCAUCCUGCUGUACCUGAGCCGCAAGUACAACACUCCCGACCACUGGUACCCCUCAGACAUCCAGCAGAGGGCCCGUGUGGAUGAGUACCUGUCCUGGCACCACACCAACAUCAGGGCCAAUGCUCCUAAAACCAUGUGGAUCAAGGUGCUGAUUCCCCUCUUCACAGGGCAGCCCCUGCCCUCGGAGAAGCUCCAGGAGGUUAUGGAGGGGCUCUCCACUUCCCUGAAGCAAUUUGAGGAGAGGUUUCUGCAGGACAAGGCUUUUAUCAUUGGCAGUGAGAUCUCCCUGGCAGAUCUUGUGGCCAUUGUGGAACUGAUGCAACCUGUUGGAGUUGGGUGUGACAUCUUUGAAGACAGACCCAGGCUGAGGGAGUGGCGCAGGCGGGUGGAGGAUGCUGUGGGCAAAGAGCUUUUUUUCCAAGCCCACGAGAUGAUCCUCAAUAUCAAAGAACUGAGCAAUAUUCAAAUUGAUCCACAGCUGAAAGAACAACUGGCACCUGUGUUGAUGAAGAUGUUGAAAUGAAGUAACCUAUCUUAGCAUUUUUCCUGCCUUUUUUUUUUUUUUCCUUUUUAACUACUCUGACAUCCAGUUCUCCAUGUAACUGGAAAGAGCACUGUAAUUCUAACACAGAAAUUGCAGAGUGGGCCAGGUCUUUCUUGUAUCUAUGGGGGGGAAGCUGGGGAAUGUUUAGGACCUAAAACAUUAAAUUUAUACAGAAGGCUAAGGCCCUACAGGUCACUUAACGUGCCUCUGAAUUUUAUUUCAGUGUCAGUCUUCUCAGAGAUGGUAGAGACAAGAAUGGUAUUUCCUGACAGCAUUCUAGCCAGCCUAUAAACUGGGAACGUUAAAGAAGUGAAUUAGGAUGAGGAUCAUUGUUUCUAAUUUUAACAUUUGUAAUGCAAAGUGUGCCUGAUCCUCAUCUUCCCAGCAUGUCUGUACAGACAAGUAGAGCACAAAACUACUUCACAAACUGAAAAAAAAAAAAAUAAAAGUUUCUUAUUGAGGCA